AUGCCGAAAACUUUGAUCCUAUUACAAACAAAAUCAGACUUUGAACAAGGGGAUGCACUGCUGGUCAUAACAGUGGUGCUAAGAGUGGGAGACAAGGAUGGUAGCAAAGUGACUACGGUAGUGGCAACUCCUGGACAAGGUCCGGACCGACCACAAGAAGUUAGCUACACAGACACCAAGGUGAUUGGAAAUGGAUCUUUUGGUGUUGUGUAUCAAGCCAAACUCUGUGAUUCAGGAGAGCUUGUGGCCAUCAAGAAAGUCCUGCAGGAUAAAAGAUUUAAGAACCGAGAGCUCCAGAUUAUGAGAAAGCUGGAUCAUUGUAACAUUGUCCGAUUGCGUUAUUUCUUCUACUCUAGUGGAGAGAAGAAAGAUGAGGUGUACCUCAACUUGGUGCUGGACUAUGUUCCUGAAACAGUAUACAGAGUUGCCAGACAUUAUAGUCGGGCCAAACAGACACUCCCUAUGAUUUAUGUCAAGUUGUACAUGUAUCAGCUGUUCCGGAGUUUAGCCUAUAUCCAUUCCUUUGGGAUCUGCCACCGGGAUAUAAAACCACAGAACCUCUUGCUGGACCCUGACACAGCUGUUCUAAAACUCUGUGACUUUGGAAGUGCAAAACAGCUGGUUCGUGGAGAACCUAAUGUCUCAUACAUCUGCUCUCGGUACUACAGGGCACCAGAGUUGAUCUUUGGAGCCACCGAUUAUACCUCCAGUAUAGAUGUGUGGUCAGCAGGCUGUGUAUUGGCUGAACUGUUACUAGGACAACCAAUCUUUCCAGGUGACAGUGGUGUGGAUCAGUUGGUGGAAAUAAUCAAGGUUCUGGGAACGCCCACAAGGGAGCAAAUUAGAGAAAUGAAUCCAAACUAUACUGAAUUCAAAUUCCCUCAGAUUAAGGCACAUCCAUGGACUAAGGUCUUCCGGCCCCGCACUCCACCAGAAGCAAUUGCGCUAUGUAGCCGUCUGUUGGAGUACACCCCCACUGCCCGCCUGACUCCCCUGGAGGCCUGUGCGCAUUCUUUCUUCGAUGAACUACGGGACCCAAAUGUCAAGUUACCAAAUGGGCGAGAGAAACCUGCACUCUUCAAUUUCACCACUCAAGAACUGUCAAGUAACCCAUCUCUGGCUUCGAUCCUCAUCCCUGCUCAUGCCCGGAACCAAGCAGCUGCUUCAACCCCUACAAACGCUACAGCGGCCUCAGAUGUUAACGCAGGAGAACGAGUUCAGACCAAUAGUGUAGCUACAGCAUCAGCCUCCAACUCCACCUGAACCGGUACCAAGCAGCCAGCUGCACAGGAAAAAUCACCAGUAAUUUGAGUCUUGCUCAGCAACACUGGUCACAUUUGGAAAGAAAAUUAAAAAGAGGAAAAAAAAAAAAAAAACCAACAAACCAACCAACCUGUUCAUUUUAGUGUUCAAUUUUUUAUUAUUAUUGUUGUUCUUAUUUAACCUUGUAAAAUAUCUAUAAAUACAAACCAGUUUCAUUGUAUUCUCACUCUGCAGGGUGUCCGGGGCAGGGGACUAGGUGGGGGGAGGAGGGAAAGCGGAGCAAUACAACACACCAAUGUCUCUCCCCUCGACAAUCUCUUCAUGUUGGAAGUUUGCUGUUGUGUACUUCAGAACCAGGACUCUUGCCUCAUGCCCCCUUCCACAACAGAAAGAAGGAAAAAAAAAAAAAAAAAAAAAAACCAAA